AUGGUAGUUUGCCCCAUUUGCCAACGGGGCGUCAAGACGCUCGAAAUCAAUAGCCACAUCGACUCGGGCUGCCAGACCUUCCUUCUCGACGACCAAGCCACCGACCGGCCAUCUUCUCCACCAAGCCACACUCAAUCCCAGCCGCCAUCAACCCAGCAAAAGAAGCGAACCGCCGCCGACUUUUUUGCAACCCCAGCUGCGAAACGGCAGGCCACCACCAAUGGAUCAGCCGCCUCGACACCACGGCCCGUCAACGGUUUUGGGAUAAAAACCAACAAUGGCAACAAGGGCGGACAAAAGAGGACGUGGGAUGAAGCUAAUAGCUCACCAACUGCGGACAACAGACUGGUAGGGCCCGAGACGAGCACACUCUCGACAAACGGCACGGCUGAGCGAGAUCCCGGUGCUGCCCCUCUCUCCAAGCGAUCCAAGACCCAUCGAGCCGCCCCCUUGGCCGAGCGAAUGCGGCCCGACUCCCUCGACGAUGUGUUUGGGCAAGACUUGGUUGGGCCCAACGGGGUGCUGAGGUCUCUAAUCGAAACAGACAGAGUGCCAUCCAUGAUAUUAUGGGGAGGUUCGGGGACAGGAAAGACGACGAUAGCAAGGUGCAUCGCCCGGCGAGUGGGCAGCAGGUUUAUUGAGCUCAAUGCCACCAGCACCGGCGUCGCCGAGGUCAAAAAGUUCUUUGCCGAAGCAGCCAACGAGCUUAACUUGACGGGGAGAAAAACCAUCAUAUUUUGCGACGAGAUUCACAGGUUCAGCAAGUCUCAGCAGGAUGUGUUUUUGAAGCCGGUGGAAGCGGGGACAAUCACAUUGAUCGGGGCCACAACGGAAAACCCGAGUUUCAAGGUCCAGGCGGCGUUGUUGAGUCGGUGCAGGACAUUUACACUGGCAUCGCUUACGAGGGAGGAUCUGCAGAGGAUAUUGGUCAGGGCAAUACAGGCCGAGAUUGUGGAGGAGGGGAUAGAGCUCAGCCCCCUGAUUGAUGAGGAGCUGUUGACGUACCUGUCGGCCUUUGCGGAUGGAGAUGCCAGGACCGCGCUGAAUUUGUUGGAACUGGCCCUGUCUCUGACGACGAGACCGCAAGGGGGAGGGGAGGCUCCAUUGACAAAAGAUGACAUCAAGGCUGCGCUGACCAAGACGUUGGUGUACGAUCGGGCGGGUGAUCAGCACUACGAUACCAUUUCUGCUUUUCACAAGGCUGUCCGAGGGUCAGAUUCCGAUGCGGCAUUGUAUUAUCUGGCGAGGAUGCUGCAGUCGGGAGAGGAUCCGUUGUUUAUUGCGCGAAGAAUGGUGGUGAUUGCAUCGGAAGAUGUCGGCCUGGCAGACAACUCACUCCUGCCAUUGGCCACGGCGACUUACACGGCCACGCAACAGAUUGGUAUGCCCGAGGCCAGGAUUCCUCUGGCACACUGCACCGUGGCGCUGUGCUUGGCCCCCAAGAGCACGCGAGCGUAUAGGGCACUGAACAAUGCAUUUUCGGCUCUCAGGGAGCCCGGUGUGGCCAGUCUUCCGGUUCCGCUGCACUUGAGAAACGCACCCACCAGGCUGAUGAAGGAUUUGGGGUAUGGUGCCGAGUACAAGUAUCCUCCUAAUUACAAAGAUGGAAAGGUGAGGCAAGAGUAUCUGCCUGAGGAAUUGAGGGGGAGGAGGUUUCUGGAGGAUAGAGAUUUGGGGACAGAGGUGGAUCCGGAUGUCGAGAUGGAGGGGUGA